UCGGUUUUAAAAUAUCUCCGCCCUUCAUAUAUCAGCACCGCUUGCCCAAAAAACGCACACACCCGUGCGUACCCCUUUUCUCUGCAACAGUCCGAUCACCGGGAAUGUGAUUCCGGUGGCCGGAAAGCCCAGUAACAAACCUCACACAAUCGGUUGAUUCACAAACUAUUCCGGAGUCUCUCACAUCAUGGAUUCUCCGGAGACCGAAAAGGCGUCUCACAUCGUGGAUUCUCCGGAGACCAAGAAGGAGGGCCUUCACUACGUGCUAUUGCGUCUCUCGCUUGCGAUUCUCUUCUUGCUCUUCGCUUUCGUGUUCGCAUCAUUUCUAGUGGUGUUCGUGACACUUUCCAUCGGGAAUUCAUCAAUUACCAAUCCGAUUUCGGUGCCCUCCCAGUGCAGGAUAGUUUCCAGCAGUGUGGAUCUUAGGUCAUCAAAGGUCUGUGAACUUGGCCUGUUGAAUUAUAAAGCGAAGCAUGUGUUUUAUCCUUUUGAAAGAAAAAAAUUCCGAUGUCGUCAUGAUUACUAUUGGGCUUCUGUAUUCAAGGUUGAAUAUGAAGAUCAUUCAGGUCAGACACAACUUGCAUUCGCAGAGGCUCCAAAUGAGGCCCUUCCCAUUGAUUGCAGGCCUAAUUUUGGUGUGGCAUGGUUGACGAAAGAUAGAUUCAAGGUGAACGAAACCUAUGACUGCUGGUAUACGUUUGGCAUUUCCAAAGUGAACAUAUAUCAUGACAGAUUUUUUAAUUGCCAAGCCAAUGAUCCAUCUACAGUUGAGAUGUUGAGACGCUAUUCUGUCCUGUCCACAAGGAUGUUAAAGUCGUGGUUUUCCAGCAUUAGAAAAGCCAAGUACUGGAAGUGGGAAGUAAUAGCUGGAGUUGUCACUGGUUUUUCGACUUCUUUGAUCUCCAUAAGCUUGAUUAGACUUCUACAGCAAUUGAAAUCAUGUUUGCCUCGAAUCUACGCUGCCCGCUUAAAGCGGACAUGUUUCUUUGUAGCAUACUUCUCUUUUGCAGGUUGGCUGGCCAUCCAGUAUGGGAAAAGGCUCGGCCUCCUGGAGAUCUUCGGAGUAUAGUAACAGAAAGUGGCACUCAUUUUUGUAGAUGUGCUAGUUGCCUUUGGGAAUUUCACAAAUAAAUGUAUCAUCCUUGUGCAUAGAGGAAGAGUUUGUGAGUAGACAGGUCCAUGUACUUUAUCAUGCAUAGAAUCUGGUCAACAGAUAGUAGUGGUACAGGUAACUGGUGGAAUGAAAAUGUUGUGAUUUUGCAAAAUACAUGUGAAAGCAAGUGCAAAGGUUUGUAAUGUUAUAUAUACAAGGCUCGCUUGGAAUACACUUCAAGCACCUUUGCAGGUGUAUACAAACAACACAAUGUUUUGUAAUAAUAUCAAGAAGUUUUCAUUUGUUA